AUGACGCAGCAGGACGAAGACCCAGGAGGACGCAGCAGGACGAGGACCCAGGAGGACGCAGCAGGACGAAGACCCAGGAGGACGCAGCAGGACGAAGACCCAGGAGGACGCAGCAGGACGAGGACCCAGGAGGACGCAGCAGGACGAAGACCCAGGAGGACGCAGCAGGACGAGGACCCAGGAGGACGCAGGAGGGCGAAGACCCAGGAGGACGCAGCAGAACGAGGACCCAGGAGGACGCAGCAGGACGAAGACCCAGGAGGACGCAGCAGGACGAGGACCCAGGAGGACGCAGCAGGACGAAGACCCAGGAGGACGCAGCAGGACGAAGACCCAGGAGGACGCAGCAGGACGAGGACCGAGGAGGACGCAGCAGGACGAAGACCCAGGAGGACGCAGCAGGACGAGGACCCAGGAGGACGCAGCAGGACGAAAACCCAGGAGGACGCAGCAGGACGAAGACCCAGGAGGACGCAGCAGGACGAGGACCCAGGAGGACGCAGGAGGACGCAGCAGGACGAGGACCCAGGAGGACGCAGCAGGACGAAGACCCAGGAGGACGCAGCAGGACGAGGACCCAGGAGGACGCAGCAGGACGAAGACCCAGGAGGACGCAGCAGGACGAAGACCCAGGAGGACGCAGCAGGACGAAGACCCAGGAGGACGCAGCAGGACGAAGACCCAGGAGGACGCAGCAGGACGAGGACCCAGGAGGACGCAGCAGGACGAAGACCCAGGAGGACGCAGCAGGACGAGGACCCAGGAGGACGCAGCAGGACGAAGACCCAGGAGGACGCAGCAGAACGAAGACCCAGGAGGACGCAGCAGAACGAAGACCCAGGAGGACGAGGACCCAGGAGGACGCAGCAGGACGAAGACCCAGGAGGACGCAGCAGGACGAGGACCCAGGAGGAUGCAGCAGGACGAGGACCCAGGAGGAUUACUGGUCACUCGCAAGAAACAACGGCUGACCUGAACGUUUCAAGGGAAAAUAAUGCUAAGAAAGUCUUUUAUCCGAUAUAA